GCAGUAUAAUCCUAAACCUCUACAGUCAACACCUGCCGGACAGGGUUCCAUCGAUCCUGAGUAUUCAACAGUUCAAAUUCUUCCAUCCAGCGCUCCACAAUUUAACACCGACAUAAUCUCAUCCGGAGAAAUAUCAGAUUGUCCAACCCUGUCAACCUAGAACUCCUGGAUCCAUGAACUAAGUUUACUUGAGUCUAUCCGUCCUAGGAAACUAAUGACUCCUCGUGACAAGGAAACCUUAGUUGUGUCAAACGUCUCUCCAGGUUCACAAGGACCCGGAGAAACCAAGAGUUAAGAAUAUAAUCCUCCCCCUCAACCCUCCAGGUGACCAAGGAUGCCCCUGUACAGGACCGUGAGUGACCGAGGGCUAUGGAAGAAAUAUAAGAAUGAAUCUAGACCUCAGCAUUUUCAUAAACCUGGAUACAUUGAUAAAUCUAACCCUGUAGUAACCUACUCUCACCUAGAUCUAGGAGAAGGAUACAGGCAUAACGCCAGGCAAAGUAUACCGGAUAUAAGGCAAGAUAUACAAGAUCAAAACCUAAAGAACGACCAGGCUUGUGAGGCAGGGUUUAGGGAGAAACGAAGCAGGGUUGCUAAAAGCUGUCCUGUCACUCCAGGACGGACUACUCCGACCCGAACCCUCUCCAGACUCCGGGUAUUCGGAGAUAUAGACGUCGGGGGUCGAGGACUAGACUCCGGGAUAUGUACUGAGCUGACAGCAAGCUCGUGUCAUGUUAACGGUACUGGACAGUUCUUUCCUGAGGACGAUAGAUAUUCAUUUGAAUCCAGAUCAUUAACUGCGUACAGUAACUACUCAGAACGGGAUUCAGUUAUCAACGAAUCCAGUUAUAGGUAUCCGUAUGCAAAAGAGCCGUUAAACCUUCCAUCCAACCACAGCUUAUCCAUAGACAAAACAAAUCCAUUCCUCUACGGAGAACCACUCAACCCAGAGGCAGAGAACGUAGUUCAUAUCUUCCUCCAGAAAUCCCUAUUUUCUCAGCUAAAUAAUUUAAACAAUAACAAUCCGCCUCCAGUUCCAGGGAAAAUAGAAGAUUUGCAAUAUCCGAUCAGUUUUAAACGUGACACGGAGAAAAGUGAAACCCCACUGUACACCUCUAGUCCUUAUAGUUCAAGUUAUAGUACACGAGAAAAGAUUCGUCAGCUCCGUAAAUCCUUCCUAGAGGCAGAUCCAUCUGCUCCGAUACUAAACAAACCUAAAGUGAAUAAAUACCUCUCGAAAGAACGAUCUGGUUCUAUUGAAUCCUCUCCGUCCUCUGCUCUACCUGAGUCUUCUAACUCUAGCACAGACCAGAGCUCGUGCAUGGUCCUGUCUCCGAACCUAUCAGAGAAUCAGUUCCUCACUGAUACUGUCAAGAUGGAGGAACUUCCAAAAGUUCAUCACGCCGAGAUUGUAAGUGUACGCAAAGAGGAUUCAAACUCAUCAUCCGAGUCUGAAACCUCGUCUGAUGAUGAUACAUCAAUAAAUUCUAAAAAUAUCAUGGUAGAUAUUAAACCCAUCCCGGAUAUCUCCGAACCUGACGGAGUAUCUGAAUCUUCUCCCGACAAUAUAACUCCACGAUUAGAAGCUCCCCCUCAGAAGCAGAAUAUCUGGGGUCCCGGAAAUAGAAAGAAAUCUCUUGAAUCUGGCGGAGAGAAUGAGAACCUGGAGCAAGCGGAUCCUGCUCCACAAACCCAUUACAAGGUGGAGACAGAUCUCUUUCCAAACACAGAGUUCUCACACAUGUAUGAGAACAGGAAGGUUCGGGGGGAGAUCAUGAAAGAUUUCGGAGAACCCUUGCAGAGCAGCUCUCCCAAGUUGGAUUCCGAUACUGGAGAUAAUGCUGAAGAAUACUACCAGAUGAACCCUGAUAAUAGGUUCCAGGACCCUGCUCUAGCUAACUACCAUGAGACCAGUCAAGCCUACGCCCUAGAUACUGAUUACGAUAAUAAGCCCAAGAAGAAGGGGUUUCUAUCCUUCUUCAAGAAACCGAACAGGGCAAAGGAUGCAGGAUCAGAUGAUUUUAUUCAUAUAGAUCCCAGGAUGGAGUCAGGGUUGAGGUCGGAUAGUGAGGAGGAAGAACGUGAGUUCCAGGACCUCUACGGAGAUCAGAGUCCGAGGUUUCAUAUCCUACCCCCUACAAGUAGAUUGGACGACACUCCCCAGGUUUCUGCCACCGGAGUUACUGCUCAGAAAAGUCUUUUUCAACCUUACAACUCAAAACACGCAGAUGCUGUCAUCAUGAACCUAUCUCAGAGUCCCCAGUAUAUCCCUGCUCAGCCAGCAGUAAACCUACCAGACUGUGUUCCUAAUCAGGACGAUUUACCUCCUCCCUGUAACCAGCAGGUUAUCGAUUUCGGAGCGAGUUUAGUUUUCGGAGAAACAGAUCUUGACGCAGUGUUCAAGGAGAGACAGGAGAGAAAGUUGGAUAGAAAACUGUCAACGUCUAAACCAACCAAUCUAGAUGAACUGAUGGAUGAACCAUUAGAGAUUACACGUCUCAACGAGUCUUUCCGGUCUCAACCAGAUCUAGAGCCAGAACCUGCACCUGAACCUCAACCUGAACCAGUCACUGAAAGAUUCUACCCGGAGCAUGAACGAACUCAAGAAAUUGAUAUUGAUGCAAUCCUAGGUUUGGAUUCUACAUCUGAGGAGACAGAAGAGGAGUUGGAGAAAGAACAAUCUUUCCAUUCCAACAGCAGUGAGGUGGAUCGAGUUACAAGAUAUAACACUUACAAGAAUAAAUCUGUGGCAAAAGCUCCAAAAACUCCGGAACCAGUUUAUACUCGGGAGGAAUACUAUCCUUCUCAGAAGAUUACAACAGUGAACGGAGAAACUACUUUCUCUGCAUCUCCAGAGUUCUCCUACAUGCAACAGUUUGCCAGUGAACUCAAAUCAGAGACAUUUGAAGCACGACAAUCUAGCCCCACAAUACCUCAAUAUAAACCUUAUGAGAUAAAAGGUCCGGAGCAAUACAUACCAAUCAAACCAAUGUUUAACGGGAAACCGGAACCUGAGCCACUUCCGUCGGCAGAAUUCGUUUAUCAAUCUCAACUAACAGAUUUUAAUCCUCAAAUUCCUUAUCCCAGAAAUCCUGUUCAUAGUUUUGCUCCUACUCAGGUUUUAACCAGUCCUGGAGAUCCUGGAGCUCAACCUGGAAACAUGAAACAGCAGCAUGAUCGUCUGAUAGCAGAGCUCUCCUCUAAACAGAAACCCAUGAUCCCUGAACAAGAACUGGAUUUUAGCCUCGAGCAACGGAGGUUGGAGGAAGAGCAACAAAUGCUCUCAAAUGCCAACCUAGUGCUCCAAGAGCAACUGGAAGCUAAGGAGACGGAAAGGAGGAAUUUGGAGCAAAAUCUUGUCGAAGAGAGUUCAGAUGAAAACUAUGAUGAUCAAUCUAUAGGACGGAAGAAAUCCAAACCUAAAUCUAUUUUUAGUUUCAAAAAGAAGGAGAAGCCCGUGAAACAAGGACCAAUGAGGGCUCCUCCUCCAACCAAGGUUCCAGACCAACCUACGAUAGAGGUUGAUCAGAGAAGACGAAUGCCAAAACAAAAAUCAAAAUCAGGAUUUUCAUUUUUCUCGUCUAAAGACAAGAAAAAGGAUCGUGCUAACCCUGAGAAAUGGGACGGGGAAAAUAUUGAGACUACAGAUGUAAAUAUGACGGAAACCCAACCGAUCCAUCCUAUUCAACCCAUCGGACCAUCCUCUCUCUACACUGUAGCGCCAGAGAACUAUCCACAGAUUGAUCCUGAGGAUCAGAAUGAUGAGAUAAAUGAUAAUUCUCAUACGCUUGCCAAGGAUGUAGUCGCUGAAAUUAUGAGAUCAACCGCAAAUCUAGCGAUACAGGAGGAAAAGAAGGUGGAGAAACCUGCCUUUAUUAAGCUCCCUAGUAGAGCAUCUAUGAGAGUUUCAAGGAAGAAAAGCAAGACUGAUAUAAAAUCUCCAGGAAUAAUUGAACCUGUAUACAUAGCUGGGCAGAAUGUUCCGGUUGAGAGAGAAGAAAUGAAGGAUGAAGGUUUCCAACCUUCUCUCCCUAGGUCGGAGAGUAAGAGCAGGUUUUCUAUGCGCAUGCCUAAAAAGAAAGACAAGGUUUCGGUUCAGAAGAAAACGGAGCAGAUUCCUCCGCAGGUCGUCAGUGACGAGAGAACUGAUGAUAAUCUAAUAACGGAGCAAAAUCUGGAUCAGAGCAGAUCCACAACCCCUCAGAGUAGACAAGAGAGUAGGAACAGGAAAGAGAAACCUUCAGGAUUUGCAGAGAUGUUCGGGUUCAGAUCUUCUAAACGUACUAAAUCUGUAGAGCGUCCUAAAUCAAUGGUUGGAUCUAAAAGUCCUGGACCCGUCUCGGCAUAUCGUCCUAAAUCUUCAGAUAUUUCCCAGUAUAAACCCCAGCAGCAUAUACAACAGAGAAAAGAGAACUCGAUGGCGAGCUAUUUUGGAAUACCAUCACCUGUACCUGCUCCUCUCCCUGUUGAGAAUGGGGCUACUGAACACGAACUGAACACCUCUCAGAGUGAUUAUGGUCUUUCAUAUGAGCCAAGAGUAGAAAAUAAUUACAACAAUCCUGAAUCGACCGAAGUAACAUAUUCUCAAGUAAAGCAUGUUCAGAAACCGGAGAUAAAUAAUGAAAAACCUGUUAUAUCCCGAACCAGUCCUCCUCCGGAGAGCACUCCGGAGAAAACGGUAUCUCCGGUUUUCAUUUCAAUCCAGGAGCCAACUCCGCAACCUUCUCCUGUUCCCGAACCUUCUCCGGAGCCUUCUCCUGCGCCCAAAUAUGAACCUGAGCCUGAAUCUGAACCUGAGUAUAUACCUAAACCUGAGCAUAAACCUAAACCUGAGUAUAAACCUGAACCUGUGCGUGCACCAGUAUCUAUUGUAGAGCAAGCCCCUUAUCCACCCCAGCCCUCACAUAGAAAUAGUAUUCAAAGAUCUAUCUCCAACACUUCCCAUUUUCAACAGAGACCAUCCCCACCCAAUCCUAAUCAAAACCCUGAGCAAAGACGACCAUCAUCUCAAAACCAUCUCACACAACUCUCUAGAUCCGUCCCAAGGGAACAACAUCAAGCUCCCAGGAUGAAUCAGUCUAGUGUAAACAGACCUGGAGUUCCUCCUCCAGGUCCUCCUGAGGCUGGAGGUAUGAGAAGACAGACCGGAAGACAGAGUGGAAGGUUCAAGAAAGGAAGUGGACCUGGAAACUCAUCUUUUGUGUCUCAUGAUAGCUCGAUGAAUGCCUCCUAUGCAUCCCAGGGAUCCAGCGAUGCCCAGUCAAGGUUUAUGGAUACUCUCUCCUCUCCGGAAGAACGGGUUCCCAUGAGAAUGAAGUCCGGAUCCGUAGGACGGGUUGAAGGGGAGAGAUUAAUGAGAGAACAAGGUAUACAUCUAACUCCAGCUAAGUCUGAAGAAAGUAUCCGAGAGACGGGUCGAGGGCAGGGAAGAGGAAGAGGAAAGGAUAAGAAGGCCGGAGAGUGCUCAGUUAUGUGAUUUGUACAAAUUCUAGUUUUUUAUACAUUUAUGUAAUCAUUACUCUUCAUAAAAGUAGAAUGUAAAAUGUUGUUAUCAUGAAGUACAAUUAAAUAUUAUUAAAGCUUCUUAUAUAUAUAAUAAAAUAUUAAUUGCCGA